AUGGCAGAGUAUUCGCGGUUGCGGAGCUGCCUGGCGCUGAUUCGCCUCCGGAACCCGCCGCUCAACCCAAUCAGUAUAGCUGUCUUCAAUGGAAUAAAAGAGGGACUACAGAAAGCUUUAACAGACCCUACAGUAAAAGCCAUUGUGAUUUGUGGAGCAGAUGGCAACUUCUCUGCAGGUGCUGAUAUCCAUGGCUUCAGCGCUCCUGCUACUUCUAAGUUCUCAUUAGGAAAUUUAGUAGAUGAAAUGCAGAGAAGUGAGAAGCCCUUGGUGGCAGCAAUCCAAGGCAUGGCUUUAGGAGGCGGACUAGAGCUGGCCCUGGGCUGCCACUAUAGGAUUGCCCAUGCAGAGGCUCAAGUUGGCUUCCCAGAAGUCAACAUAGGACUUCUUCCUGGUGCAAGAGGAACUCAGCUUCUCCCCAGGCUCAUUGGAGUUCCUGCUGCACUUGAUUUAGUUACCUCAGGAAGACAUGUUUUGGCAGAUGAAGCACUCAAGAUGGGUAUUCUAGAUGAAAUUGUCAACUCAGACCCAGUUGAAGAAGCAAUCAAAUUAGCCCAGAGAGUUUUAGAUCAGUCUCUAGAAUCCCGUAGACUCUUCCACAGGCCGGUGCCGAGCUUGCCCAACAUGGACUCUGUUUUCAGCGAAGCCUUCCUGAAGAUGCGGAAGCAGCACCCUGGGUGCCUUUCUCAGGAGACUUGUGUCCGCGCGGUCCAGGCCGCCGCACAGUAUCCCUAUGAGGUGGGCAUCCAGAAGGAGGCAGAGCUGUUUAUGUAUCUUCGGCAAUCAGGGCAGGCUAGAGCCCUGCAGUAUGCUUUCUUUGCUGAGAGAAAUGCACAUAAGUGGUCAGUUCCCUCUGGAGCAUCCUGGAAAACGGCGUCGGCACGGCCCAUCUCCUCCGUGGGCGUUCUCGGCUUGGGAACAAUGGGUCGAGGCAUUGUGAUUUCUCUUGCAAAGGCCAAGAUUCCUGUGAUUGCCGUAGAAUCAGACAAGAAACAGCUAGAAACUGCUAACAAGAUAAUAACCUCCUUCUUUGUAAAGGAAGGAUUGAAAAUGCAGCAGAGUGGCCACACUUGGUCAGGACCAAAACCCAAGUUAACUUCAUCUUUGAAGGAGCUUAGUAGUGUAGAUUUAGUCAUUGAAGCCGUAUUUGAGGAAAUGAAUCUGAAGAAGAGGGUCUUUGCUGAACUGUCAGCUGUGUGCAAGCCAGAAGCUUUUCUGUGCACCAAUACGUCAGCCCUGGACAUAGAUGAGAUUGCUUCAUCCACUGAUCGUCCUCACUUGGUCAUUGGUACCCAUUUCUUCUCACCAGCUCAUGUCAUGAAGUUGUUGGAGGUUAUUCCCAGCCGAUAUUCUUCCCCGACUACUAUCGCCACUGUUAUGAACUUAUCAAAAAAAAUUAAAAAAUUUGGAGUAGUUGUAGGCAAUUGUUUUGGAUUUGUUGGGAAUCGAAUGUUGCAUCAUUAUUACAAUCAGUCGUAUUUCUUGUUGGAAGAUGGCAGUAAGCCAGAGGAGAUUGAUGAGGUCCUGGAGGACUUUGGUUUCAAGAUGGGACCUUUUAGAGUGUCUGAUCUUGCUGGGUUAGAUGUGGGUUGGAAAUCUCGAAAGGGGCAAGGUCUUACUGGGCCUACGUUGCCUCCGGGGACUCCUGCCCGAAAGCGAGGCAACAGGAGAUAUUGCCCAAUUCCUGACAUGCUCUGUGAAUCAGGACGAUUUGGCCAGAAGACAGGUAAGGGUUGGUACCAAUAUGACAAGCCAUUGGGUAGGAUUCACCAACCUGAUCCCUGGAUUUCCAAAUUUCUAUCACAGUACAGGGAAACCUAUCACAUUGAACCACGUAGCGUUAGCAAGGAUGAGAUUCUUGAGCGCUGCUUAUAUUCGCUCAUUAAUGAAGCAUUCCGUAUCUUGGGAGACGGGAUGGCUGCCAGCCCAGAGCACAUUGAUGUUGUCUAUUUACAUGGGUAUGGAUGGCCAAGGCACAAGGGAGGGCCCAUGUUCUAUGCGUCCACAGUUGGGUUGCCCACAGUGCUAGAGAAGUUGCAGAAAUACUACAGGCAGAAUCCUGACAUUCCCCAACUAGAGCCUUGUGACUAUCUGAAAAAAUUGGCUUCCCAAGGAAACCCUCCUCUGAAAGAAUGGCAAAGCCUGGCAGGACCCCCUGGCAGUAAACUGUGA